GUGCUAUAUUUUCGAUUUAAUACAAUAAAAAAGGCAAUAUGAACUACACCCAGUAAACCCUUAGUUUUUAAAAAAAACUAGCUAACUGACAGACAUUGUCCUACUGCUCAAAAGUUGCCAUCUCUUGCAGUGUAAGGUGGGAAUUUGUUCUAAAGUCUCGCUGUUCAUGGGGCAUGUCACAAAAUGAUACUGACAGUUCAAAAUACUUCUCCAUUAAUGCAACCCAUUGUUCAUAUUAGAAGAGAAACUGUUGAACUGAGUUCUGAGAUUUGAUAUUAAUAGUGAUAAAACUCAAAUGAACCAAACAACUUGUCAAACAGUUGCGAUAGGAAUAAGUUUAAUGGUAGCACAGUACAUUUUUAAUUGCAAAUGCCACAAAAUUGUUUCCCUUUACAGCCCUGCUGAGUCUGAGGCUAUAUUGAUUUUUCUCUGAUGUUUGUGGAGGCGCAGUGCCUCGGCCUUUAAUACCUGGGGGGACACCAUGGAGUUUGUGAGGAUGGCUUUGUGUGUAUUCCUAUUCCUGUGUCCUGUGCUUUUCUAGAGGAGGGGCGUUUCUAGCCUGGAGCUGCACGCAGUGAUCAACAUUGGGUGCCACCAUGAACCAUGAGCCGCUGGAUUCUGAAGACACAGGCUCUGGGCAGGAUGACUCCGAGUUCAACUGGGAUGAGUAUCUGGAGGAGGAAGGGGCCACAGCUGUACCUCACCAUGCCUUCAAACAUGUUGACCUGAGCUUGCAGACGGGCCUCGCGCCGGGCAUGAAGCUGGAGGUGUCUGUGAAGGGCGAGCCUGAGGGCUUCUGGGUAGCCACUAUCAUCACCACUUGCGGGCAGCUGCUGCUGCUGCGUUAUGAGGGUUACCACGACGACCGCCGGGCAGACUUCUGGUGUGACAUCAUGACUGCUGACCUGCACCCUGUUGGCUGGAGCCAGCAGCAUGGACGAGAAAUGAGACCUCCCGACGGUGUCCGUGAGAAGCAUGAGGACUUGGAAGCCCUUCUGAAGAAGUCUCUGUCAGAGGGCUGUAGUGCACCUGCCAACUUGCUGGAGGGGCCACACAGGGGCAAGAACCCUCUGGACCUUCUGGCUGCGGGUUUGAGUGUGGAGCUGCAGGACCGUGAGGACGCUAGUACGGCGUGCGUGGCCAACAUCGAGGAAAAUGUUGGGGGACGACUGCGUCUCCGCUACGCUGGCACAGAGGGGUUGCCCCAAAAGCAGGCCACUCUCUGGCUCUUCUACCUGCACCCCUUCCUUCACCCCCCAGGCUGGGCCAAAGAGCAUGGAUGCACACUAUCUCCCCCUGUUGCACUGCGUAGUCUGUGCAGCGAGGCCGAGUGGGAUGAGGUUCGGCAGAGGAUCACAAAUCAAACGCAGGAUAGCGACAUCACCGAGGAGCUCUUCAAGGACCAGCAGGCCAUCUGUGCUCACUCCUUCACUGAGGGGAUGAAGCUGGAGGCUGUGGAUCCUGCCGCUCCUUUCUGCAUCAGUCCGGCAACUGUCACCAAGGUGUUCAGUGACCAGUACUUCUUGGUAACUAUGGAUGAUCUCCAAGAGGAAACGAGGGUCACAGGGGGUCGUGGCCCCUCCUUUCUGUGUCACCGGGACAGCAUUGGGAUCUUCCCGGUGCAGUGGAGCCUCAAAAACGGGGUACAGCUCAGCCCCCCUCCAGGAUACCAGGGGCAGGACUUUGACUGGGCGGAUUACCUGAAACAGUGCGGAGCAGAGGCUGCACCCCAAAACUGCUUCCCCACUGAGCAGUAUGAUCAUGAUUUUAGGGUAUCAAUGAAGCUGGAGGCAGUGAACCCACUCUCCCCAGAACACAUCCACGUGGCAACUGUCACCAGGGUCAGAGGUCAACACAUCUGGCUUCGACUGGAAGGGUUGAAGCAGUCUGUUCCAGAACUGAUUACCCACGUGGACUCCAUGGAUAUAUUUCCUGUCAGCUGGUGUGAGACCAAUGGCUACUCCCUCCGACACCCCCGUAAGCCCCCAGUUCAGAAGCAGAGGAAGGUAGCAGUGGUCCAGCCAGCUAAACACAGGACUCUGCCAAGGGCUUCACUUCCUGAUGCUCUGAAACAGCAGGUGAACAGCCAAUCAGAGAACGGAGCAGGGAAUGGAAAGUACAGCUGCCCCAAGAUCUACUUCAACCACCGCUGUUUCUCCGGGCCAUACCUGAACAAGGGCCGCAUCGCUGAGCUGCCACAGUGCGUUGGGCCUGGAAACUGUGUCUUAGUACUGAAGGAGGUGCUGACGCUCCUGAUUAACGCUGCCUACAAGCCGAGCCGUGUGCUGCGGGAGCUGCAGCUGGAUGAGGAGGCACGCUGGCAUGGCCAGGGGGAGGCGCUCAAGGCCAAAUACAAGGGAAAGAGCUACCGGGCCACAGUGGACAUUGUGCGCACAGCAGACCAGGUGGCUGAGUUCUGCAGGAAGACCUGCAUGAAGCUUGAGUGCUGCCCAAACCUGUUUGGACCACGGAUGGUCCUGGAGCAAUGUUCCGAGAACUGCUCUGUUCUAACCAAGACCAAAUACACACAUUACUAUGGUAAAAAGAAGAGCAAGCCUGUUGGACGCCCACCGGGGGGCCACACCAAUCUGGAGGGAGGGAUGAAGAGGCCAGGAAGGAGGAGGAAGAGAAGGAAACACUUCUUCGUCCACAAGAAGAAACGCUCCUCAGCCUCGCUUGACAGCACUCCUGCUGGCUCACCACAGGGCAGUGGUGAGGAUGAGGAAGACCUGGAUGAGGAAGACUUCCUGAGUGAAGACUCUAGUUCCGAGCUGCAGGAUGAACAGCAGGACGACUCGGAAGUCUCCGAGAGGAAAUCUCAGCCCCCCUCCCCCGCAGAGAAGCCCCGCCCCUCCCGCCGCCGCAAGGCCCACUCCUCCUCCUACUCUGAUGACGAGAACCAGCCUCCCUCACCCAAGAGUCUACGGGGGGAGGUGCCACAGAAGCUGCACUUGGACAGCAGCCCGCUGGAGUGGAGCGUGGCAGAUGUGGUGCGCUUCAUCAGGACCACAGAUUGUGCUCCACUGGCGCGCAUAUUCUUUGAUCAGGAGAUAGAUGGACAGGCCCUACUCCUGCUAACCCUACCUACAGUGCAAGAAUGCAUGGACCUGAAGCUGGGCCCAGCGAUCAAGCUGUGCCACCACAUUGAGAGAGUCAAGUUGGCAUUCUACCAGCAGUUUGCCAGCUGAGGGCAGUAGAGGCAGGAAUGAGACAUGCCACUGGGCCCGUUGCAUGAAACUGGACUAGCUCCCCAUCUGUGCAUAAACUGGAACCCACAUUCGGUGCCAUAGAACCCAGAAACCUCUGUCAUCAGUGGCAGUGCGAUGCUACCUCUUUAUUUCUGUCAUUUUUAGUUGUGCUGCUGAUCUGUCCGGAGCAGAAACAUUCUAGUUUCUCAGUGGUGGUUGUCUCUGAUUCAGGGUGUAGAUCUCUUCAACAGGCUCUACAGGAAGUGAUCACAGUAUUUAAUUUUGAUUAUACUGGCUCUGGUGCUGGUAUUGCUUCCAAUAAUCGUACCACAUUGGAGAUAUUAUUGGAGAAGGAGGCAUUUCUAAUGUUGAGGGUAUCUGUGUGAUUGAUAAGCUGGUGUAUAUACAGUGGCCUCCAUAACAUUUGGGACAGAGACAUAUUUAUUUCUUGAUUUGGCUCUGUACUCCACAAUUUUAGAUUUGUAAUCAAACAAUUCACAUGUGGUUAAAAGUGAUCAUUCAAAGCUUAGGAUAUUUUUAUACACUUUGGUUUCACCAUGUAGAAAUUACAUCCACACCUGCCUCCUGAAGAGUGUUUCUGAUCUGUUGGAUAGAUGUUUGGCAGUUUUUCUUCAUUAUGGUGAUAAUUCUUCUGUCAUCAACUGUAGAGGUCUUCUUUGGCCUACCAAGCCGUUUGCGAUUACUGAGCUCACCAGUGCUCUUUUUCUUCUUAAUGAUGUUCCAAAAAGUUGAUUUUGGUAAGCCUAGGGUUUGUUCUAUGUCUCUUGAUUUGUUUUUUCAUUUUUCUCAGCCUCAUUAUGGCUUCCUUGACUUAAAUUAGCGCAACUCUGGUCUUCAUGUUGCUAAACACCAAUAACAGACUCCAAAGGCAAUCAGAAGCCUAGAAUCAAGACUAAAUACUGAAAGCUCUCUUAUACCUGCACUAAAGAAGCAAUUAUAAACCUAACUAAUCAGAAGCACUUAUAAAGCCAUUCGACCAAACAUUAUUGUGCCCUGAAAUGGGGGACUACAUAUAAAAAGUGGUGUAAUUCCUGCAUGGUGAAACCAAAAUAUAUAAAGUUACUCAACAAGAAAAGCUGAGAGCACUUUAACCACGUGUGAAUUGUUCAUUACAAAUCUAAAACUGGAGCGCAACGUCUAGAAAAAAAAAUGUGUCCCACAAAGUAUAGAACUGUACAUUAAGGAAUUUUGUGGGUGGGUUUUUUUUAUAAUGUUUAUAGUUGUAUAUUUUAGGCACUGUUGAACAGUAGAGCUAGGUAUUGCAGCAUGAAUGUAUUAAUAUCACAUGUUCCCUCAGUAGUCAGCACAUAGACCUCAUUACUGUGCCUGGCUGCAAAUCCACUGUUUGCUCAGCACUCAGUUAAUACAGCACAAGGAAAUAAUUUACUCUGUGGCUAUUUAGUGCCAGUCCAGUCAUCGUCAACAUGAGCAGUAAGGACAAACUUACUGUGGAGGAAUCUCUUCUUAAGUGGGGUAUAUCCUAACCCACAUCAUUUUGCCAAUAUUCCUGUCAAUGUUGGAACAGGGUUGUCACAUUAUUACAGGGCUAUGCCUGUGUCAUGUGACUGCUAUGCAUUAGUUGUUGGCAUAUUGUUUACAUGCAAAUCAUAUCAAAAACUUUUCUCAUUGUAGCACGCAUUUCUCACUAUAUUUGUUAUGAAAUUAUAAUGCAAUAAUAUAGAGUUUUGAGAAUUGGGAGGAGCACAAUAAGUAGGAUCAAGUAACAGAGAUUAUUUUGGCUACAGUACAAAUUUAUUUCUGAUAAUUUCUGUUCAGUUCUUUGAUGCUUCCUUUGCCGAAAAUGUGCACUUCAUCUGUAUUGUGUUUUGUUUUCUGAGGAUUUACUGCAUCCUCUCCAUGGUAAUGAUGUCCUAUACAGUAUAAGCCAUGUCACCUGUGUGUUGAGUGAUGUCCAUUAGGCAAGGGAAUAGGAGCAAUCAUUUGUGCUGGAGAGAGGUUACUACAGAUCAAGGUUUUCCCUAUUUCUCUCAUAUGAGAAACAGGAUUUGAAUUUUAAAACAAUAUUAUUAUGGCUGGUUUUGUAGGAUUUGGCUUUUACAUUUUCAGAUGGCAUCUUUUUAAUUCUGACAGACAUCUCAUAUCUCACACAUUUCCUUUCAUGUCAUCACCAUCAUCAGCACUCGUUAAAUUAUUAUUGACUUGUGGUAUCAAUAGAAGCCGGAUCCAGUGGAGUUUGAGCAUUCUGAGUGUACGUGCCCUAGCCAGCUGUAAAUGAGUCCUGGAUUAUGAUGUCAUAAUUUGGGAUGAAUCAGUCACAAAGGCACAUGGGAAUGGUGAUUAGUUGGUAUGAAAUUAACAGCUUGGUGCAAUUUAUCAUCCGGUGUUCAAGUAAUGCAAGUACUGCAAAAAAUCUCAGCAUGCAUCAUUUAUUCAUGGUCAAACACAAUUUACCCUCAUUGGUUUCUGUCAACUAGUAUUGCGUGGGCUAGUUGAAAGUGAGAUGUUGACCACAUGGUAUGUUUUAUGCUUUAAUGAUUAUUUUGUUAGCUUUUACUUUUUGUUCAUAGAAGAAAACUCAUUAUCUUAUUGAUUUUAUUCUCUGGUUAAAAAAAUAACAGGGAUUGUGAUAUCUGAUUAAUAAAUUCAUUGUUUGACAUGCAUAUGUAAAUAUUGUAAGUACGUUGAUGGAAUAUGAUUGCUAUUUAAAACAUAAAUAGAAAUUAAUUUUAACAAAAUAAAGGAUUUACAGUGA